AUGGCCACACAACUCGCCCAACUCCCCGAAGUGGAGCGCCUUAGCGCCUCAGUCGUUCGAAUCCUAGGCGGAAACCCAGGAAAGUUCACACUCCAAGGAACAAACACAUACCUAAUCGGCCGCGGCCAUAAAAGAAUCCUAAUCGACACAGGCGAAGGCAAACCGACGUGGGCCUCAAACCUCCAAAAGCUCCUGACAGAAGAAAAAGCCACAGUCCACCAAGCCCUCCUAACACACUGGCAUCACGACCAUAUCAACGGAUUGCCCGAUCUACUAAAGAUUUGCCCCAAUGCCCAGAUCUUCAAGAAUGAUCCCGACGAUGGCCAAUCUGAUAUCACGGAAGGCCAGGUCUUCUCCGUUGAAGGUGCUACCUUGACGGCGUUACAUACGCCUGGCCAUACGGUUGACCAUAUGGUUUUCAUGCUUGAAGAGGAGGGAGCUAUGUUUACGGGUGAUAACGUCCUCGGCCACGGCACAGCCGUCUUCCAGGAUCUAAAAACCUACCUCCAAAGCCUGCACCGGAUGCGCGACCGUGUCUCCACAGGCCGUGGUUAUCCAGGACACGGUGCCGUACUGGAAAACACCAGUACACGCAUCACGGAGUACAUCAAGCACCGACAACAGCGGGAAGAUGAGGUGCUGCGUGUACUGCGGUAUGGCAAGCUUGACGUUACAGAUGGGGAGAGCUCACCGGAGCGGAAGAAGACGUGGACGCCUAUCGAGCUUGUUCGGUGUAUUUAUCGGGAUGUUCCUGAGAGUUUGCAUUUGCCUGCUUCUAAUGGUGUUUUGCAGGUUCUUAUGAAGUUGGAGGGGAGGGGAGGACGGUUCAUGAUGAGGGGUCUGGGGGGUGGAGAUUGGGUGGGAGGUCUGCUUUGUGAAUUUGAGGAUUCAUGGUGA